AUGGAUUUCAAUAAAAAAUCUAACGUAUUAUUCGUGACAUCAGAUCAGCGGGUGUUUGGUUUUGGCAAUAAUAGAAGAGGAUGUCUGGGUUUAGGACACGACAGACCUAUACUUACACCAGAAGUAAUCCCACAAUUAUGUAAUUAUAACAUACAAUACUUUGUCAAUGGAUGUGAUUUUGUGUUAGCAGUGAAUGAUAUGAAUAUAAUAUACGGUUUUGGUUGCAAUGUCAGUGGACAAUUAGCACGAACUGAUCGUACAGCGUGUCUAAAAUCUGAAAUAAUAUCAUAUUUUAAUAAUAUAAAAAUUAUAAAACUCAGUUGUGGUACUGAUCACACUCUGGCACUAAGCAGUGAUGGCCGGGUAUAUGCCUGGGGUUGGAAUAAAUUCGGACAAAUUGGUUGCGGAGAUAAUAAUGAAUAUAUUUGUACACCAAUUGAAAUACAAUUCCAAAAUAGUCAUAAAAUACAAUCCAUUUAUUGCUUUUAUUGCACGUCAUUUGCCAUCACAUCUGAUGGACAUGUCUUCAGUUGGGGUAACAAUAGAAACAAUCAAUUGGGACACAAUAUAAGCGAUGAGAAAGUUCGGGUGGUUAGGGGGACAGUAUUAAAAGUAAAGCAUAGAUUAGAUGAUAAGAUAUAUGCAAUUAAAAGAGUACAAUUUGGGGAUUUUAGUGAAGAAAAGAAACAAAAUAUUUUAAAAGAAGUGAAAAGUUUAUCAAAACUGGACUCAGAAUAUGUUGUAAAGUAUUAUCACUCAUGGCUUGAGUCCAAUCAUCUCUUUAUUCAAAUGGAGUUUUGUUCGCAAAGUCUUAAAUCUCUUCUUGAAGUUAAACCCAUUGUCUUCGAGAGACAACCGGAAGAUAAAAUUAAUAGUGUAUUUGAAUAUUACAUUUCAUGCGAAAUAUUCAAAGAAAUCCUGGAAUGUGUGCAAUAUCUUCACGAAUCAGAUCCCAUUGUUAUUCAUCGGGAUCUCAAACCCGACAAUAUAUUACUCGAACACAACACAAGGUUUAAUCGCUUCAUAAAACUGUGUGACUUUGGUUUAGCCACCGAUCACAACAUCAAUAGGCAAACCGCGAGCCGAUACGACCAUACGUUAGACAUUUAUAGUCUCGCACUAAUCGCCGAAGAGAUCUAUAGUAUUGAUCCUCAACUUUUGCAUUCGUGUCAAGCAAUUGAAUCCGAGUUUAAUAAAUAUUAUAAUAAUCUGUACCAGACUUUGCAGUCAAUGCAGUCGAGUCCUGACUAUAAGCAAAGGCCUGAUUGUCGGGAAAUAUCAAAAUUACACGUUUUCAAUGAUUAUGAUGAAAAAUCUAACGUAUUAUUCGUGACAUCUGAUCAACGAGUGUUUGGUUUUGGCAAUAAUUUCAGGGGAUGUCUGGGUUUAGGACACGACACUCCUAUACUACCACCACCACACAUAAUACCACAAUUAUGUCACCAAAACAUACAAUACUUUGUCAAUGGAUAUGAUUUUGUGUUAGCAGUGAAUGAUAUGAAUAUUAUAUAUGGGUUUGGGAAUAAUCAAUGUGGACAAUUAGCACAAAUUGGUUAUAUUGGAAAAGCUUGCCUAAAACCUGAAAAAAUAUCGUAUUUUAAUAAUAUAAAUAUUAUAAAACUCAAUUGUGGUGCACAACACACUCUGGCACUAAGCAGUGAUGGCCGGGUGUAUGCCUGGGGUUGGAAUAAAUUCGGGCAAAUUGGUUGUGGAGAUAAAAAUGAAUUUAUUUGUACACCAAUUGAAAUACAAUUCAAUGAUAAUCAUAAAAUACAAUCCAUUUAUGGCUGUCAUUCCUCUUCAUUUGCCAUCACAUUUGGUGGAUAUGUCUUCAGUUGGGGUAAUAAUACAACGCUUCAAUUGGGACACAAUAUAACCGCUGAUAAAAUAUUUAAACCCCGAUUGAUAUCAUCUAUAAAUGACAUGAUGAACCUGGAAAGAAAUAAAUUGAAUGAAAAUAAAACAAAUUAUAAUAGUUUUAUUGACAUUUACGCCAAUGAAUGCCAAAUAACUUAUAAUACAAUUAAUAUGAAUAAACUAAAAGAAAAAAUAGUUUUCUCACAAAAUAAAAGUGAAACUAAAAGUGAAAAUAAAAAUAAAAAUAAAAGUGAUUGCAACUCAAGUGACAGUAUUUAUAAAAGUCAAUUCAUUGAGACUUCGACCAUAGGUUCGGGUGGUUUUGGAACUGUAUUUAAAGUAAAACAUAGAUUGGAUGAUAAGAUAUAUGCCAUUAAAAGAGUACAAUUUGGGGUUUUGAAUGAAGUAAAAAGUUUGGCAAAACUGGACUCAGAUUUUGUGGUUAAAUACUAUGACUCAUGGAUUGAAUGCAAUUAUCUCUACAUUCAGAUGGAAUUCUGUGAACUAAAUUUGACAACAAUUCUUGAAAACAAAGCCAUUGUCUUCGGGAGACAACCGGAAGACCACAUGAAUAGUGUGUUCGAGUAUUUCAUUUCAUGUGAAAUAUUUAAAGAGAUCUUAGAAUGCGUUCAAUAUUUACAUGAAUCUAAACCUCCAGUCAUUCAUCGGGAUCUUAAACCCGACAAUAUAUUAAUUGAUCUCAACUUUAGAUCCAAUUGUUUUAUAAAACUGUGUGAUUUUGGUUUAGCCAAAGAGACCAGCGGUGGUCAGACCGCGAGUUACUCAGUUGUGGGCACUUCUAGAUAUAUGGCACCCGAAGUAUAUAGUGGUAAAUAUAACCAUAAAUCAGAUAUUUAUAGCUUAAAUAUAAUCGACAGGCAGUUGUUUGACAUCGAUCUUCAAGUCUCGCAAUCAUUUAACGAAAAUGAAUCGUUAAAGUCAUGCAAACUAUGUAUAUAUGAAACACUUCUGUCAAUGAUGUCAACACCUUUUUGGCAACAAAGACCUGAGUGUCGGGAAGUGUUGGCUAAAUAUAACGAGUGGUCAAUCGAUAAGACAUUUAUCAAAGAUCACAAAGAAUUCAAUUCAACAACCGGAUGGACAAACAGUCCAUUACUAAACCCCCGACACAACCCUCCCUUUGGGUCGCCCGUUAAGGAUUUUGAAAGAAAAUCUAACGUCUUAUUCGUGACAUCAGAUCAGCGAGUAUUUGGUUUUGGCAAUAAUUUCAGGGGAUGUCUAGGAUUUGGACACAACAAUCCUAUACUAUCACCACAAAUAAUACCACAAUUAUGUCAUCAAAAUAUACAAUACUUUGUCAAUGGAAGUGAUUUUGUAUUAGCAGUGAAUGAUAUGAAUAUAAUAUACGGUGUUGGUUGUAAUCGUGGCGGACAAUUAGCACGAAGUGAUUAUAUUGGAAAACAUAGCCUAAAACCUGAAAUAAUAUCACAUUUUAAUGACAUAAAUAUCAUAAAACUCAGUUGUGGUGCACAACACACUCUGGCCCUAAGCAGUGAUGGCCGGGUGUAUGCCUGGGGUUGGAAUAAAUUUGGACAAAUAGGUUGCGGAGUUUUCAAUGAGGGCUUGACUUUUAUUCCCGUCGCGACGGGAUGUCCCGUCGAUUCGAACUCAGCGCUAAAUUCUACAUUGACUAUAUAUAUUAAACAUACAUGUAAAAUUUAUCGACGGGUCGACGGAACGACGGGACGGAACGACGGGACAAAACAACGGGACAGACCGAACGGACGGAACGACGGGACAGACCGACGGGACGGAACGACGGGACAGACCGACGGGACGGAACGACGGGACAGACCGACGGGACGGAACGACGGGACAAUCUGUCCCGUCGCGACGGGACGACGGGACACUUACUAUUACACAAAUAUACAUCAGAAAGUGUUUGGCUUUGGUAAUAAUUACAGGGGAUGUCUGGGUUUAGGACACGACAACCCUAUACUUACACCAGAAGUAAUCCCACAAUUAUGUCACCAAAACAUACAAUACUUUGUCAAUGGAUGUAAUUUUGUGUUAGCCGUGAAUGAUAUGAAUAUAAUAUACGGUUUUGGCAGUAAUUAUGAUGAACAAUUAGCACGAAGUGAUAAUAUUGGAAAACAUUGUCUAAAACCUAAAAUAAUAUCAUAUUUUAAUGACAUAAAUAUUAUAAAACUCAGUUGUGGUUAUGAACACACUCUGGCCCUAAGCAGUGAUGGCCGGGUCUAUGCCUGGGGUUGGAAUAAAUUUGGACAAAUUGGUUGUGAAGAUAAUAAUAAAUCUAUUUGUACACCAAUUGAAAUACAAUUUAUAAAUAGUCACAAAAUACAAUCCAUUUAUUGCUCGUAUUGCUCAUCAUUUGCCAUCACAUCUGAUGGACAUGUCUUCAGUUGGGGAGACAAUCGUUUUAAUGAAUUGGGACACAAUAUAAGCAAUGAUAAAAAACAAUUCCUUGAAAUCUCGACCGUAGGUUCGGGUGGUUUUGGGACUGUAUUUAAAGUAAAGCAUAGAUUGGAUGAUAAGAUAUAUGCCGUUAAAAGAGUACAAUUUGAGGAUUUUAGUGCAGAAAAGAAACUCCGAGUUUUGAAUGAAGUAAAGAGUUUGUCAAAACUGGAGUCAGAUUUUGUGGUUAAAUACUAUCACUCAUGGAUUGAAUGCAAUUAUCUCUACAUUCAAAUGGAAUUCUGUGAACUAAAUCUAACAACAAUUCUCAAAAACAAAGCCAAUGUCUUUGAGAGACAACCGGAAGACCAGAUGAAUAGUGUGUUCGAGUAUUUCAUUUCAUGUGAAAUAUUCAAAGAACUGUUAGAAUGCGUUCAAUACCUUCACGAGUCUAACCCUCUAAUCAUCCAUCGGGAUCUCAAACCCGACAAUAUAUUAAUUGAUCCCAACUUCAAAUCCAAUCGUUUCAUAAAACUUUGUGACUUUGGUUUAGCCAAAGAGAUCAAUAUUGAUGGACACACUUCCAGCCGAUACGGCCACUCAGUUGUGGGCACUAUUAAGUAUAUGUCUCCCGAAACACAUUUGGGUAAACCAUAUACUCAUAAAUCAGAUAUUUAUAGCCUCUAUGUUAUCGGCGAACAGUUAUUUAAUGUCGAUCUUCAGGCUACGCAAACUUUUGUGGCAAACGAUUCAGAAUUUAAGACAUCCUUAGAGUGUAUAUAUCGGACACUUCUGGCAAUGAUGUCAACACCCAAUUGGAGACAAAGGCCUGAGUCUCGGCAAGUGUUGGCUAACUAUAAAGAGUGGUCUAUCGAUAAUUGCGAUUGUAAUUAA